UUGUUCCUUAGCAACUACCGAGCACUCAGAGCUGACCUAGGAAGGUUAUCAUUCGUGUAGCCAAGUGGGAGGAGUUGUUUUAUUUCCGGGUCAGUGGAGAUGGCGGGCAGUGCUGUGAGGAUGGAGGAUCUUGAAGAUGGGGAGAUAUCUGGUUCCAACUCAGAUUCAGAAAUGAGAAUAGCCACAAACGAACGGUUACAGAAACAGCAAUCUACUGUCUCUGCCAGCACAGCAUUCCAGAGCAGGAGUGAAGCCCCCCCUCACGCUGCACCCUCUGUCACACAAUACCGCAGCAUGGCAGGCCUAGAUUCCAGUGACAAUAGCGACUCGGAUUCCGACGAGGACAAGGUCCUGUGGAAGAGAAAACGUCAGAAAUGUUCCAACCCCCCUCCUGUCAAACCUCCAGUGGCCCCACCUGUCGGCCAGAGCCAGCCCGCCAAGAAGGUGAACAACAUCUGGGGGUCAGUGGUACAGGACCAGAACCAGGAGGCUGUGGCUGCAGAGCUUGGAAUUCUGGGAAUGGAGGGCGAGGUCAGCAUGAGCUGUCGGCAGUCCGAGACCUAUAACUAUGUCUUGGCCCGGAAGAUGAUGGAGAAAGAGCGGCAGCAGCAGUGUGGGGUGGAAAUGUCCAAGCUGGAUGAAGAAUUGGAAGAAUAUAUGCAGGACAGCAAGAAAGAAGGGAAGGUGGAAGAGGAGAACUGGGCUGGCCAUCACAAGAGGAAACGGCCAGCAAAGGAACGUCUGGGCCAGAAGGCAGAAAUGGACUAUAAGGGCCGGUAUGAGAUAACAGAAGACGAUGAAGAAGAAAAAGUCACAGAUGAGAUUGCUCACAGACUAAGGGAACCUAAAAAAGACCUGCUUGAACGAGUGGUAAAAAGCAUUGGGAAGAAGAAAGCUAUUGAAUUAUUGAUGGAAACUUCAGAAGUGGAGCAAAGUGGUGGACUCUUGACUAUUGAUGGCAGUAGGAGGCGAACACCAGGAGGAGUUUACCUGAACUUGCUGAAGAACACUCCCAGCAUCACAAACAAGCAGAAAAGGGAAAUAUUCCUUGAUGAAAACCGUAAAGACUAUACAAGCAAAAAAGCUGCCCAAAAGCGCAGACGGCAGCUGGUGGGGAAAGAGAUGAAAAAAGUGAUCAAGACACUCAACCUCCAGGAACAUGAUGAUGCUUCACGAGAGACUUUCGCUAGCGACACACACGAGGCACUGGCUUCUUUAGAGGAGUCGCAUGAAGGGCCCACCGAGACAGCACUGGAUAUGGAAGAGGCUGCUGUGAUAUACAAUUCCAAUGAAGUAGAAACCUUUUAACAAAGGUGGACUUAGGCUCAUGUUCUCUAACAAAGGCAUCUUUGGUUAUGAAUUCUCAUUGCAUGUCUGCAGGUUUCAGAAGGGGAGGGGGUUAAAUGCCGGUUUGUGUUUAAAUCCAGCAAUUGAUGACUCUGUUAAAGAGGUGGUACUUUUUUGGCAAUAAGAAUAUCCUAAAAUCUAAACAUUAAUGGUAUAAAUAAUAUUAUUUAGUUAAAUAUACCAAGAGGACAUUUUAUAGAGAAAUUGAGUCUACUUUAGCACUACAAAUGAUGAAUAUGUGUGUAUGAUGUUGAAGGUAGAAUAUGGAGAGAAGUGUCCUUUUCUUUUAUUGCAUUGUUCUACCAUCAGACGCUAUUAACUUACAAGUGGCUAAAAUACAGGCUUCUACUGUGCAUUUCAGAAUAUAAAUCGACUAUAGAAACCUGACCAGAUUUACCCUAUACAAUCUUUGUUCAUGAAUAUGGGAUUUUGAAUUGGUUUCUGAUUUGUUUGCCUCCAGUUAACCUUCUUGUUUUCAAGAUGUAUUGAGAUUUUGUUUAGUUUUGUUUUUUAAAACCAUUGAGCACUUCCUGUAAAUCCUGAGCUUUUUCUUUUUCUUGUUUAAACAAAUCAGUUUUUAAUAAAUGUAUGCAAACUGGUUUGAAUUUAUGUUUUCUAUUCAGUUGUCUUGAUUCAUGUACUGUACUGUAUUGGGCUGAACAUAUCCUCUGUGUAGUAAUAAAUGCAGGCACAUCCUAAGUUUCUCUUA